AUGGUCAAAAUACUGUUUCUCCAUCCGGAUCUCGGAAUUGGUGGUGCUGAGCGUUUAGUUUUGGAUGCCGCAUUGGCCUUCAAAAGCAAAGGCCACGAUGUCGCUUUUUAUACAAAUCAUCACGAUCCUUCCCACUGCUUCGCAGAGACCAGAGAUGGAACAUUUCCAGUGACGGUUAUUGGCGACUGGAUCCCGCGUGCUAUUUUUGGCAGGUUUAAAGCGGCAUGCGCUUACGCUCGUAUGGUAUUUGCAGCUGUUUAUUUAGCUUGGUACGUUAUUCCAGUAGAAGAACCUACUUUAAUAUUUUGUGAUCUCAUAUCUUUGUGCAUUCCAUUUUUGAAGAUGGCACGUGGGCCGUUUCGGGUUGUGUUUUACUGCCACCAUCCUGAUAAAUUAUUGACUACUGAAGGUGGGCUCUUUAAAAAAAUCUAUCGUGCGCCAUUAAACUGGUUGGAGGAACUAACUACUGCAAGAGCUGACAAAGUUCUAGUAAACAGUAAAUAUACUGCUAGAGUUUAUCAAGAUGCAUUUCAGAAAAUUAAAGACAUUCCUGAUAUUUGUUAUCCUUCAAUUAAUACAGAAUUCUUUAACAGUACAAUACCUAAAAAUCUUAAAGAAGUUGUGCCAGUUGGCACUGAUAAAUUUAUUUUUUUAUCAAUUAACAGAUAUGAAAGGAAAAAGAAUUUGAAAUUAGCUUUACAAGCAUUAGCAGAGUUAAAAAGUAUUAUAGAUCCUACCGAUUGGGAGAGAGUACACUUAAUAAUGGCCGGUGGUUUUGAUCCUAUAAACUUGGAAAAUAUGGAGCAUUUCAUGGAACUUACUGAUAUAGCUACAGAACUUGAUUUAGAAGACAAAGUCACUUUUAUGAAAUCUCCCAAAGAUGUUGAAAAAGUAUCACUAUUAUAUAAUUGCACUGCUUUAAUAUAUACCCCUUCAAAUGAACAUUUUGGUAUAGUGCCUUUAGAAGCUAUGUAUUAUAGUAAACCAGUUGUUGCAGUAAACAAUGGUGGACCCACUGAGACAAUUGUAAAUGAUGUAACAGGAUUUCUCUGUGAACCUAAUAGUAGAUCUUUUGCAAAUGCAAUGAGCAAGUUAAUAAACAACCCUGAACUAUGCGAAUGUUUUGGUAAAGCAGGAAGAAAGAGAUUUGAAACUAAAUUUUCUUUUGAGGCCUUUACAAACCAAUUAGAUGGUAUUUUAACAAGGGAAAGGCAAAUUAUAUCCGAGGCCAGGGCUAUUGAGUAUGAGCAGAAAAAACGGAAA